AUGAUCCUCCAAGCUGUCCUGGCGUUUGCGACGCUGGGACUUGCUGCCGAUUAUCCCGUCGUCUCCUUGUUCAUUCCAAACGCCGACCCUCAAUCCUUGUUGGGUGAAGUUCUGGCAGCGCAAUCAGCAACAACUACAUACAGCAUCAAUUGCCCUGUUGGUAAAACUAAUAGCACAGAAUGUGGUAUGGGCCCUGGCCUAUUUUUGACCGCAGCCCCAACAAGUGUCGAAUAUUUGAUAAGUGCCGAAUCCGACAACUUAUACAAUCACGUUGUUUGCGACGUGACCGACCUCCCAACAGGGGCUUAUACGUGUACAGACACUGUCACCGGGCAAGGGGCCGCUACACCCGGCACCAGCACCUCAACCAUCGCUUGGGACCAGUUAUCUCUGUUGCCGGUCACCAUAACUUCAACUGCUGAUUCCGUCGCAGCAACAGCGAACGGGACCACUUCUACAAGUACUAGCGAAGUUUUGUCGGGUAGCGAUGCAUCACCCGCUGCUGCCACGGUAGUCACUACCCCUGCGGCAGGUGUGGCCGCUGCUACAGUCGCCACUACCAGCAUGUCAGGCGUGGCUGAAAGGUCAACGUCUACUAGUCUUCUACUGUCUUGUGUCGCAGUUCAAGCUCUGGCAGCAUUCCUGUAG